CGAGCAGCUGUCGGGAGUGCGUUCGAGGGCCCUCCGACUAAGUGCCACCGUUUGACUCCACGUUAGGAAGUCGCUGGGGCGUUCGUGGACCAGAUGACGAAAUGGGACCGCUUAAGUGGACAUGAAAGUACGGAAUGCGUUCAUAAUGAACUUCACGGUGCCUUUGGGGCCAUCUGACCAACAGGAUGAAGUUGGUGGUUUGUUCAGGGACCCUCCGUCGUUCCAUCGGUCGCACAGGCGAGGCCGGAUUUGAACCGGCGCCCUGACAAGUGUGAGACAGGCUUAUUAUAUGGACUGCAGUGGCUCGUGGGGCGUUCAAGUCUCAUUUGCUGCCCGACUGCGGUUAGGUCAUUUUUAGUGUAAGUGGUUGGUGGUUUACGGUAAUGAAGCAUACACAGGAGUUUGUAUUUAUGUUUAUGAUAUAUUGAGUUUGUAUUUAUGUUUAUGAUAUAUUGAUGCCAUUGUUUUGUACACUUUUUUUUUUUACUGCAUCGUCACCUCAAUGUUUUCAAUAAUGCCAAACAUUUAUACGAAUGAAAAAUCCGCGACGGUUCCGUCGUCCACGCUGAGCUGCAUUAUUCCUCAGUUGUGUGUUCGGGAUCUCGACCGCUAGAUGGCAGCAAAGGGCUGAGAUGACAGCGAGGCCAUGGAUGUCCCGUGCAGAUAUUAAUUUUUAACAUCAUCAUCGGCAACAAAGCUUGUGUCAUGUGAGUGUCAAAGUUGCACUUUACGCUCGAAGGCCAAGAAAUCGGGAGACGGAAGCGCGCGCACACGUCAAUCGCAGGACCAAACCAGACUGUGAUGGAAGAACACAGGACCGAUUCGAUGGACGCUGUGUAGAACCGCCUCAGCAGCUCCCGUGGCAGGCCGUGCUUCCUCAGAAGCCGCAGGAAGUACAUCGCCUGCUAGGCCUUUUUCAGGACGGAGUGGAUGUUGGUCUCCCACUUCAGGUCCCGAGAGACUAAUUAAUCCCCAGGAAUUUGAAGGUUCGACGGUUGACACAGGGGAGUUGGACCGUGUAAGGGGCAGCUGCGGCGAAGGAUGCUUCCUGAAGUUCACGAUCAUCUCUAGAGUCUUGAAAGUGUCUUUAUCAAACCUGCAGUAGAAGCUUUGAAAUGUUUGCCCGCUGCUUGACGCUCGCAACGUUGGCGGCUGCGUCGGCCAAUCCCGGGAGAGCGGGACGCGCUGACGUCCUGACGGUGGCGCCCGCCGCGGAGGUGGACGACCCGGAAGCGGUUUCUGACGAGCUCUUUGCCGGAGCCGUGACGGCGGCGGUGCUGCUCGCCUUCGUGUUGGGGUUCAGCGCAGGAGCUCUCAGCAGGACCCAAAUUCUCAGAUGUUUGAGGGCGGUCACAAAGAGGCUACCAUCACCACGGCAACGUCGACCUGACAUCACCAUGACGACUCUCAGCGGCCAGCCUUCAUCGCUAUCGUCUCCAUCACCCUCGUCAUCGUUAUCCUCAAGUCCACCCGCCAAACCGCAAAGAAGUUUCCGGGACAAACGUGGCGAGGAUCAGGAGGAGGAAAACAACGCCGCCUCCGCCGCCUACCUGGAAGCCUGCGACCAUGUGGAUGAGGGGAAAGGAAACGAGGAAGAGAGGAGGGAGGAAGGAGAAAUGCAGGAAGAAAAUGAUGGGAAGAGGGAGGAAGAUGAGAGAGAAGGGGAUGAUGAAGAUGGAGAGAGGAAUAAUAAAGAUGAAAGAAAGAGAAAGGAUGAGAAAAAGAACAGGAGGGAUGAUGAAGAUGAAGAUGUAAGCGGUCAGUCUUCACAAUCAGACGAUGAAGAUCCAAAGCAGGAAGUAGAAUCAUCUUCGUCGUGCCGUCCGAGUCGCGUCAUCCGCGUUUAUCAGUACGACCGAGAUGGCCGUCGUUACGGCCACCUCCCGACCCCCGAGCCGGGCCGCGCACCCGCCCUCAAGCAGCGCGCCGCCUCCCUCACCCACCUCAGCGCCAUCAUGGCCGCCGCCUCAGCGGGGCCCAUGGACGCCGUCGCCCGAACGACGCUCUUUGACGCGACCUUUUGAACCAGGUCACCUGACAACAAUGACUCUGCUAACACGGACACACUUUCCAGCUACUUGUAUUCCACUUGCAGUCGACUUUUGGUCCACUUGCAAUCCAUUUGUAGUCCAUUUUAGGUCCACAAAUGAUCCAUUUGUAGUCCACUUAUGAUCGUGUAUUCCACUUUUGCUCCACCGUCAAUCUCUCUGUAUUUCCUUUUUUGACCACAUGAUCCUUUUGUAGUCCACUUUAGGUCAACUAAUGAUCCAUUUUUAGUCCACUUGUGAUUCACUUGCAGUCUCCUUGUGAUUCACUUAUGAUCCGUGCAUAUUUCACUUUUUGCCUACUCAAUCCAUUUGUAUUCCACUUUUGGUCCACUUACAAUCCAUUUGGAGUCCACUUGUGAUUCUCUUAUGAUUUACAUGUAUUUAAAAUUCCAUGCAAAUCAGCUUGCGCGUGUGUGUGUGUGUGUGUGUAUAUAAUGUGUAUUUGUGUGUGUCUGAUUACAACCCCCCGCAGUGUUGUGGUGUGCCAGUAACAUGGGUCAGUGACUGAAUGAGUUGCGCACAUGAUGCCUUAAUAGCGACGGGGAAGAGGGAGAAGUCUUACGCUCUUUAAACACACACACGGCACAUGAGCUCUUCGCUGGCAGCAGGAGGACAAGGACCAGCUGGAGAUCAGGUCGUCACCAAGAAGAAGUGCAGGAAAUGAACGGAAUGGACAGAAGACAUCUGGUAACAAACAUCUGAAGAUGAAGGAGUGAAAUGAUUGUUUUUUCCCCCACCCGCAUCAUCUUCGUCCUCUAAAAGACAUAUGACAUCAUGCACGGUGAGGAGAACUCGAAAGAACUUUCUCAAGAUACAUUUAAUGUUCAACUGCAGCGCAUCUUGUCGAGAGCUUUUCCAAAUAUUUUGGUGAAAUUUAUGUCUUGAUUCCCAACAUUCGUGGAUCCGAGCUCAUCAAAUUUCACUUGCGAAAAUCAUUCAUUUUCUACAUACAAUAUAUUGUUUAUAUUGUUGUUCAUUUAUCUAUGCCAGUGAUGUCUAGUAACUAAGUACAAUGGCUCAAUAAAUAAAUGUUGGGAAACACUGGUACACAAUACAUCAAUCUUUUCCUGGGGGUUUUUCCUGUUAGGGGUGGCCACAGCAUAAAUACUCGCAAAUACUCACUUCUGUCCUGAGUCUAGCACGGCAUUCUUUGGAUAAACACUCAUAUUUGUUUGGUAAAGAAGUUUUGAGCCGGAUGCCCUUCCGGACGCAACCCUCUGCAUUUAUCUGGGCUUGGGACCGGCCUACAGUUUGCGCUGGCUUGUGCCCCCCCCCCCCCCAGGGCUGCAUUGGUACACAAUAGAUCAAUAAUCAAUUGAUAUUGAUAUUUUGACUUCAAUAAAGUGGAAAAACUAACUGGUUAAAUUUUUAAUGACUGUUGCUAAAAUUUUAACAGUCGGCCUGCUAACAUAACAAAUCUCAGGUCCAAUCCCCAUGAACUUAACAUUGUUCCCUGUGGUCCGAAAGAGAAUAGCUCAAAUGCGAACAUGCUAACAGUUGUUAUGCUAACAUUUGAAAAGAGCCACCUGAGUGAGGAAAGCGCUGAGGCGCAUUAGUAAGAAUUUUACAUUUUUGCCUACGGUUGCAUACUAUUUCUAUUGAGAGCGGAUACAACGCUAACAUGCGAACAGUUGUUAUGCUUACAUUUAGCAAGAUGGCAACCUGAGUGCAGAAAGCGCCAAGGCAGAGUGAUAAUGGAUUUUACAUUGUGCCCUGUGGUCGGGUACUAUUGCGAAAGUGAAGAGCUCAAAUGCUAGGAUGCUAACAGUUGACAUGCUAACAUAAACAUGAUUCAAUAUUUAGCUCUGACAGUUUCAAUCAAAAGUGAGUCAUUUUGCAUUCAAUGUCGUUGGAUGGUGUGCCUAAUGAAGUGUCCAGCGACAGUUUGACGGGGCUCGUUGACACGUGAACGAAACGGUCAACACGUUGACUUUGACGAAGUCCUUCACCUUACAUUUGUGCCGCCCCAGAAAGUUCCCAUCAUGCAUCGCUGCUGGCUAUUCGCAGCUCAGAAUGAGCCAGUGUGUCUCUCUGUGGGGGGCACAGCGGGGGGGGGGGGCUGAUGAUGGAGAUGCCCUCAGGCCACGUGGUGGCUGGAUCAGGUUCUGGAGCAGAGACAGGAAGUUGGCGGUACAUGAAAGUGGGUCAGAUUGUUCGGGUUUCGCCUUUGCCAACCCAAGAACACAAAUGUUUACAUGACAUGAUACAGGUAAGCCUGCAUGCUAGCUAGCUGAUGCUAAAAGCAA